GGCAAGGACAAGGAGAGGAUGAAGGAGGCCAAGGAGAAGGACGCGCGCUACACCAACGGGCACCUGUUCACCACCAUCUCCGUGUCGGGCAUGACCAUGUGCUUCGCCUGCAACAAGAGCAUCACGGCCAAGGAAGCGCUCGUGUGCCCCACCUGCAACGUCACCAUCCACAACCGCUGCAAGGACACGCUGCCCAACUGCACCAAGGUGAAGCAGAAGCUGAUGCAGACGGAGCUGCACCACGUUCGCACGCUGAAGAUCAUGGGCGCCCUGUUCCGCAGGGCCAUGCUGGAGGAGCUGCAGCUGGACCCGGGCACCGUGCAGCGCAUCUUCCCCUGCCUCGACGAGCUCAGCCACAUCCACCAGCGCUUCCUGGCGCAGCUCCUGGAGCGGCGCCGCGCCUCGCUGGCCCGCGACAGCAACAAGAACUUCGUCAUCGAGCGCCUCGGGGACAUCCUGGUCACCCAGUUCUCGGGCCCGAGCGCGGAGCAGCUGCGCAAAGCCUACGCCGAGUUCUGCAGCAAGCACACCAAGGCGCUCAAGGAGUACAAGGACCUGCUGGCCCGGGACAAGCGCUUCCAGCAGUUCAUCCGGCGGGUGACACGGUCCCCCCUCCUGCGCCGCCACGGCGUCCCCGAGUGCAUCCUGCUGGUGACGCAGCGCAUCACCAAGUACCCCGUGCUCAUCGAGCGCAUCCUCAAGAAUUCCAAAGACAACGAGGGGGACUGCGCCGACCUGUCGCUGGCGCUGCGCCUGGUGAAGGAGCUGCUGUCGGCCGUGGACGAGGAGGUUCACGCCUGGGAGCUCCGCGGGCGCCUCUGGGACGUUUUCCGGCGCGUGGAUCCCCGCGCCAAGGUGCCGCUGCUCUGGGACAGCCGGCCCGGAGCCUUCGGCAGGGACGAGCUGCUCCGCAGGAAGCUGGUGCACAGCGGGGGGAUGCUCUGGAAAACGGCGGCUGGGCGCUUCAAAGACGUGCUGGUGCUGCUGAUGACGGACGUGCUGGUGUUCCUGCAAGAGAAGGACCAGAAAUACACCUUCCCCAUGCUGGACAAGCCGGCCGUCAUCUCCCUGCAAAACCUGAUCGUGAGGGACAUCGCCAACCAGGAGAAGGGCAUGUUCCUGAUCAGCGCCGCGCCGCCCGAGAUGUACGAGGUGCACGCGGCCUCCCGGGACGACCGCAACCACUGGAUGAAGGUCAUCCAGCAGGCCGUCAGCCUCUGUCCCAGCCGCCAGGAUUUCCCCCUGAUCGAGACGGAGACGGAAGCGUCCUUGAGGAAGCUGAAAGAGCGGAUGGAGCAGCACGACCGCCAGAUCGCGGCGCUGCUGGAGGACAAGGUGGGGAUUUUCGCCGACAUGCUGGCGCUGGGCAGCGGCUGCUCCGAGCCCCCCGCGGGCCCCGAGGGACCCCCCUUCCCCGGGGACCCCGCCCGGGGCCCCCGCGGGGACCUGCUGCUGCACGACGCCAUCCGGGAAGUGGAGUGCCUGAAGGAGAUUUUCACGGGAUGCAGCCGGGACCGGGACCAGAACCAGAACCAGAACCACCCCCCCGAGGCCGAGAGCUGCCCCAGCCCCAGCGCCAGCAACGGAGACUCCGGCAGCAUCAACGGCUCCGUGGAAUUCCGGGCGGAUCCGGACGCCGGGCAGAGGGACGGGAAUGGGAACCAGGUCCCGCCCAGGGGAUCCCAGGAGGAGAUCAACCAGCGCCUGGUGAACCUCUACGGGCUCCUGCUGCGGCUGCAGCUCCACCUGUCCCACCAGGAGGUCCUGCUGGAGCUGCAGCCGCCGGAGCGGCCGCGGCCCCGCCGGGGCUCGCAGCCGGCCGUGCCGGUGUCGGGCGCGGCGGAGGCGGCGCCGGGCGCGGAGCUGGCGCUGCUGCAGCGGCAGCACGGGCUGCUGCAGGAGGAGCUGGGCCGCUGCCGGCAGCUGUGCCAGGAGCGGGCGCAGGAGGCGGCGGCGCUGGAGGCGCGGCUGCGGGACAGCGAGCGGGAGCGCGGCCGCCUGGAGCGGGAGCUGCAGGAGGCGCGGGGGGCGCCGGCGGCGCCGCGGGGGCGGAGGGCGGCGGAGCCCCGGCGGAGGAGCCUGCCCGCUGGGGAUGCGCUGUACCUGAGCUUCACCCCGCCGCAGUUGUCCACGCCAGCCCCCCCCGCCGCCCUCCCGUUCCACCCCCCCGCCUUCCCCGGCCCCCGGGACGAGCUGGAAUUCCGGGGAAGCGACCCCGAGCGGCUGCGGGAGGCCGAGGACACCCUGGAUGUGCUCCUGGAGGAUGAGGGGGGCCUGGGGGGGCGCCACUCCCCCCCCGCCAGCCCCCGAGAUUUCCUGAGGAUGCAGGAUAUUCCCGAGGAGGCGGAGAACAGCCAGGAGCUGAAGGAGGGCGAUGGGGACAGUUAGGGACCCCCGCAGCCCCCCCAGCACCCCCCGAUCCCCCCCCAGGACACGCCGAGGGCUGGAUCCAGCUGUGGGGGGAUGGGGACGCUGCUAUUCCCACGGGAAUUGGCGGGAGGGGGGGUCCAGUCGCCCCCUCCCCUAAUCCAGCCCGGGGGCACAGGGGUGACAUCGUGUCCCUCCUCUUCCCGCUGGGAUUUAUUUAUUUAUUUGGAUGUUUUGGGGUGCGGGAGGCGGCCCCGGGGUGGGGGGGGGGGACAGUGACGCCCCCUCCCCCGGUGUCGGGGGGCUGCCCAAGGGUGGGGCGGGGAGGGACGGGGUCCCCGCGGCUUAACUGUAAAAACAAAGGACAAGAAGAAAUGGAAAA